GUAUUUCAGUGCAAAACUCAGAGAGGCCUUCUAUUCCUGGUGGAACCUAUAUAAGGUGUGCGCCGUAUCAAACGACGCCCAGCGUCUCCACGCGUCGUCUCAGUACGAAGCAACGAACUUAUUUAAGACGGAGAACCGCAUUACAAAAGUCAGUCGAGGGUGUUUAUUGGAGAUUGACAUCAUACGACAAAAUGGCGGACAAAGAAAAGAAGGUCAAGAAGAAGAAGAAGGAAGAAGGAGGUGAAGACGCCCCAGCAGCGGCGCCAGCCCCGACCAGAAGCUCCUCCAAGAGCUCAUCGAAGAAAGCCAAGCGCUCCGCUUCCAAUGUCUUCUCCAUGUUCUCCCAGGCUCAAGUUGCCGAGUUCAAGGAAGCCUUCCAGCUCAUGGACCACGACAAGGACGGCAUCAUCUCCAAGUCCGACUUGAGGGCGACCUUCGACGACGUCGGCAAGCUCUCCAACGAGAAGGAGCUCGACGAGAUGGUCAACGAGGCCUCCGGACCCAUCAACUUCACGCAGCUGUUGGGUCUCUUCGGCACCCGCAUGGCCGACUCCGGAGGUACCGACGACGAUGAGGUCGUCAUCGCCGCCUUCAAAUCCUUUGAUGAAAAUGGUACCAUCGAAAGCGAAAGAUUCCGUCACGCCCUUAUGACCUGGGGAGACAAGUUCACCGCCAAGGAAGUUGACGACGCUUUCGACGCGAUGGAAAUCGAUGACAACGGCAGAAUCGACACCGGCGCCUUGAUCACCCUCCUCACCGCCGCCCAAGAAGAAGAAGGCGAAGCCGCAUAAGCGAUUCAUCGUUAAAUGAACUUCAUCUCACAUCACCAAUAAGCAUUCAUUCAAAACAACCUGUAACCUCGCGUUAUACUCAUCAUCAAAAGUUAAAAAUCAUCCAACAACACCGUUGAUUUUGUUCGUGGUCUCCACAGUUUGAACAGCUCGACUAAACGUUUUUAAAUUAUUUUGAACUCGGAACGUCAUUCAACACAAAAAGUAUAUAAAAUGUGUAUUAAAAGAUAAUUUGGUAAACGUACCGCGUGUCCCGGAAGUCAACAGGGA